CUUUUUUAAUAUAAAUCUAAUAGUUUCUUCAGAGUCCAACCUCCAAACCAAUGAUGUCAAGCCCUACCAUAGAACAACUACACGCAUUCCAUGCCCAAGACAGAGAGAUAUUCUCUAAAUUGGUGAUAAAAUUCUCAAGACCCCCAGCUGAAUCACUUCUUGUCAUGGCCACAUGGUUUUGGCUUGAAGAUUUUGGCUUCGAAAACAUCUUCUCGAUCAUCAUGGCUCUCCCUGAUCCACUCAUUGCAGCUUUUGCCAAUGAGGCCGUCUUGUGUUUCCGGUGCCUUGAUUCCUCCGAACCCCCAAAUGGCCUUAACCGAAUCCCUCUCACUGUAAGAUUCAUGAAAAAAGACAUCUCCCUUCUCAUGAUAUACAAACAUCGAUACACUGCCAUAGCAGGAAUCAAAAAUUUCUUAAACACCGUUUGUUCUAGAAUUUUCUCCGAUAUCCUUCAACAAGUUCUUCCACCUUCUUCAUCAUCAGUAUCAUCCUCCUUCGUCACCAGACUCCGAUACCCUCUCAACAUCCCCGGUUUCCCGGAUCAGACAUUCGGAAGCAUUAACGUCAUGUCUGAUGUGUUUGGUAGGGAUUAUUUUUCCGACAACAACUUAUUCCUCUUUCCUGAUGGUCUUUGGAGGUGGAACGCUAGCUGCGUCGCGACUGAGAACGAUCGAACCAUGUUUAUAACGUUUUCUCGUGGGUUUCCUGUGUCUCAGGCGGAAGUGAAGGCACUCUUCACCGAACGUUUUGGAGAAAACUGUGUUGUAGGCGUUUACAUGCCAGAGAACGCCUCCAGCACAAACGUGAAUAGCGAGGUUAUGCAACAAUCGCUUUUUGCGAAGCUGGUCUUGGAUUCGGUCGUUACGGUGGAUCGUAUACUCCAGGGAGGGAAGCUCAGAAAGUUUCGGAUCAACGGGAAGCACAUUUGGGCUCGUAAGUAUAACGAGAAAAGGGAUGGUCCCAAUGGACGUACCUGUUUGAUUAAUUAAAAGUAAAAAAACAAAAUUAGUUUUUAUUUUGUUGUUCCAGUCUAAUAACUAGAAAACAUAUGUAACGCUCCAAUCACGUCUUCACUUUGAAAUCAAGGAAU